CAUUGUUCAAAUGUGGCUAUUUAUUGUUGUAACAAUAAUAGGCUCUAUUUUACAACAAAUCGAAUGUUGGCCUGAUCCACAUUUACGAUCAAAUGGUUCCAUUUGGCCACAACCACAACAUAUGAUAAUGGGUAAUGAAACGAUGGUGGUUAAUUUCAAAGCAUUUAAUUUUAUAUCAACCAUUGGACAAUGUGAAAUUAUUGAUAAAGCUAUCAGUCGUUAUCACAAACGUUUAUUUGGCUCAGAAAUAAUUAAACGACAAAAUGAUAUUAAAGUAAUUAAUAAUGAGGUUCUUAGUAAUUUGACAAUAAUAGUAGAGGAAGGAUGCACUGAUCAAUUUCCACAAUUUGGUAUGGAUGAAAGUUACAAAUUGAAUAUUACAAGUAAUGAUGCCAUUUUGAAAGCUAAUCAGGUUUGGGGUGCUUUAAGAGGGAUGGAAUCAUUUGCACAAUUAUUUUUUGACAAGAAUACAAAAAUACACAAAGUUGACAUUCGUGAUUAUCCACGCUUUUUACAUCGUGGAGUUCUAUUAGAUACAGCUAGGCAUUAUUUAUCAGUUGAUAUUAUUAAAGCAAAUAUUGAACUAAUGGCACAAAAUAAAUUUAAUACAUUUCAUUGGCAUAUCGUUGAUAUCGAAUCAUUCCCGUAUCAAUCAGAAGUUCUUCCUGAAUUAAUUAAAGGAGCUUAUACACCAAAUCAUGUUUAUAAUCUAACACAGAUUAAGGAUAUCAUAAAUUAUGGUCGUUUACGUGGUAUACGUGUGCUACCGGAAUUUGAUACACCGGGACAUAUGAAAUCAUGGGGUAUUGGUGUAAAAAAUCUUUUAACUAAAUGCUAUUAUUCAAAUGGUUCAAUAUAUGAAAAUUUUGAGAAUUUAUUAGAUCCAACAAAUUCAGAUACCUGGGAUGUAUUAAGUGCACUUUUUCAGGAAAUUUUUUCAACAUUUCCGGAAAAUUAUGUUCAUCUAGGCGGUGAUGAAGGUGAAUAUUGGUUUACGGAAUGUUGGACAUCAAAUCCAACUAUUCAACAAUUUAUGAAGAUUUAUGGACUUAAAGAUGGUCCAACAAUUCAAACUUGGUACUUCAACAAAUUUAUUCCACUUCUUCAUACUCUAAAAUAUGGACAAAAUAAAAAGUUUAUUGUAUGGCAAGAGGUGAUAGAGAAUGCAAAUUUAACGAUAAAUGGCAUGAUAAAUGAUAAUCUGAUAGCACAUAUUUGGAAAAAUACAAAUGAUAUGGAAUAUGCAACAAAAAUGGGAUAUUAUGCAAUCUUAUCAGCAUGUUGGUAUCUUGAUAAAAUUGCAUCAUUUGCUGAUUGGAAAUUAUACUAUGAUUGUGAUCCACAGAAAUUUAAUGGUAGCGAAGAGCAAAAACAUCUUGUAAUUGGUGGUGAAGCAGCACUUUGGGGUGAAUGGGUUGACGGAAGUAACGUGAUACCACGUUUAUGGCCACGUGCAAGUGCUGUUGCAGAACGUUUAUGGAGUUCGAUUGAAAUGACAAGUACUGAAAAAGCAUGGCCAAGAUUGUAUGAAAUGCAAUGUCGAAUGGUAGCACAAGGAUAUCCGGUACAACCGGCUGAAGGACCAGGAUACUGUGAUUAUGAAUAUAACAUGCAAUUACCUCUUUAUGAAUAAACGAGAAAAACA